GCCGUCCUUCUCAGUGCACUCCGGGAGGGUCUGCCCCCCGCCAAGGGAAACCGAGCAUGGGCAACUUGAGCAGCAUCACACUGCAGAAGCCAAGCAGGCAAUUAUCUGAACUGUUUAUGCCACCAUGGAGCAGUAGCAUAUUUCCAAAAGGCUCACCUCGGACACUCCGGCGCUAUUUUGGCUUCACACGAAAAGGUAUUCCUCAGGACUUGAUGGAACGUACCCAGUCUUUAGAAGAGCCUGGGGAUGAAACUAUGAGGCAGAUGCCAUCACUGGAGAGCCUCUUUCAGUACACACUGGUUGCAGUACUGAAGGCAACUAUUAAGAUGAGUAAACAAGGAUUAGGUCUCAUAGUCAUACAGAAUGGGCCCUAUCUCCAGAUAACAAGCAUUGUUGAGAAAAGCUCUGCAGCUAACAAUGGAAAGCUAAAACCAGUUCUUUCUUCUUGCACCUUCCAGAGAGAAUUAGGAUUCCAAGCACUAGGAAGAAAGAUCUACUUGUUUGGUGAAAUAAAAAACAGGGAUGUUCUAAUAAAAAUUGGUUAUGCCACCGUUUUGGGCUGGACCCUGCGACAGCUUAGGCAACUCCUGCACAAUAUUCCUAUAGGAACGACUCUACAAAUCAGAGUUUACAGAGAUUUUGUUGAAGUACCUCAAGACUGGCAAAGUGCAGUUGAAUUAAUUCCUGAAGUAAAGCUGCCUGUGGUGUCAGUAGACACAGACUAUGAUGAUGACAUUGGGUCCAGUACUGAUGAUGAUGUAGGCUUGUAAAUUCUUCAGUGUAAAUCUCCCUCAUCAU